AUGUGCAUAGGAUUUAUAAAAGUGGCAACGUCGCCCGAUGAAAAGUAUAAAUUGAUACUUUUAAAUAAUCGAGAUGAGGAUUUGGACCGUCCAACUGCGAAAAUCCACUGGCACGAUGGGAUUCUGAGCGGGGUGGAUGAGAAGGAUGUGGCACGGGGCACUUGGUUGGGAAUCAAUCCACGUGGCAAAAUCGGAAUGCUCCUUUCGAUCACUCAACCAAUCGACACAAAACACACGAAUGCUCCAAGCCGAGGCGGAAUCGUCAAUGAUUUUUUGAAAACUGAAAGUUUGGAAUUUCUAGAAAAUCUAAAAAUUAAAGCUGAGCAAUUCAAUGGAUUCCAAUUUGUUGGAAUCGAGAAAAAUGCGAAUACGGGACUUUUUGAGGUCAGAAGUCUCACGAAUCAGUUGGUGAGGGAUGUUGAAGUCGUUAAAUGGGAGGAUAAACUCUUCCAAAAGAGCCUAGAAAACUCGGACCAACUGGAGCGAGAGGAAAUUUUCGGGCGGCUUUUUGAAAUUGCCACGUGUCAAACGCAAUGCUUCCCCGAUGAGCAAAUUCGGGUGCAAACCGGGUUCCCUGGAGACGUCUAUAGGCCCCUGACAUCGAUUUUCGUGCGAUUUCCCGAGACUAGAAGAUACGGUACCCGCUCGCACACAAUCAUUCUAGUCGAUCGAAACGACGAGGUGACAGUGCUUGAACGACGAAUGGUCGCUGCUGAAAAGGUGUCGGAAUCCACGUGGCUCGAUGAGAGAGUUGAAUUUAAAUUGUGA